AUGCAUGAAAGUACAAGAGAACCAGCAACUCUAGCCUUGGGCUUCAACACAGAUCCUGGCUGCAGUAGGGUCACAGAUCCAGACAUGGCCCUCAGCUGCGGCUCUGGUACAGAUAUUACCUUGGCAUUGGGUAGCAGCACAGACCACGUUGAUCUGCAUGGCCCCGACUGCAGCAUGGCCCUUGGACACCAACAUGGACACAGAUGGCUGACCCAUGCUAUGCUAACGUUAGUUAAAUAUAUUCAUUUGUCAGAAGAACCAGGCAAUGAAGUAGCACCAACAGAAGAACGAAAAGGGCAUGAGGACCAUCAAAGUGUACAGUCAUGGACAACCUCUGAGACUGCCACGUAUAUGGAAAAUGAGGUUCCUUUUUCUGUGACUCCAGAUCAAAUCCUAGAAAAUAUGGCAAAUGCAGAAACUGAAGCAAAACCAGACAAAGAAGUGACAUCAACAGAAGGACAAACAAGGCAUUACAACAGUGAAGGAGUUAACUCAGUGCUGCUGGGGAAGGAAGAUGCAUGUCAUUUAGCUGCGCCUAUAGAACAAAGAAGUGAGAAUGUGACAAACGGUGAAAUGGAAGCAGCUACUGCUGCUUCCCCCAAGGAUGAGGAAGAUGAUGAUGCAGCUACUGCUGCUUCCCCCAAGGAUGAGGAAGAUGAUGAUGCAGCUGCUGCUGCCACUUCUAAUAAUGGUAUUAGACAUGAAUUCAUCAUACAAAGCCAUUUUGGGAAGGCUGGUAACCACCAAUUUCCUGUUACAACAAAAAAGCAUGUUGGGCUGAAUGAGAAAAUAUGUGAUGAAAAGAAUAAGGCUGUAGAACACCUGGAUGCCAUAGACGAUCACCAGUUAUCCCAAUCAGCCUCUGAGGAUGACAUUCUGCCUGAUUAUGACAAUAUAUUGAUGAUAGUUGACCAACUUCAAAUGAACUAUAAAGAUUCUGGAAGACUGUUGGAAAUCCAGGAUGCAGUUCAUUCAUAUAAAAUGAUAUUAGAACAUAAACAAAGUCACUCAGAGUUACUUACAGAAAAAAGUAAGAAAAUGAAAAUCGGAGCUAGUGAAAUGUUAAAGAAGCCACGAGAAACAGAAAAGGCGAAAUCACAGCUCAGAUGUAAAAAUGAAGAGCAGCAACUAGAACUCAUUGGUGUGGGAUUGGCUGGAAAGCAAGAAGAACAACAAAGAAAUGCUCAUUAUCUCCACGAAGAAAUUAAGAAACAAUUAACUGAAAAAGAAGAGCAACAUAAAAAAGAAAAACAGCAACUUGAAAUGUGCCUUAAAGCACAAGAUACGGAACUGAGGCAUCUCAGAAACCAUAUGAAGAAGUUGCAAGAAGCACGUGAUCAAGAGACACAAGCUGAAGAGAGUGACAGGAUGAUGAAGGAACACCUGCAAAAGGUUGAACAAGAAAUUUUCAAGUUAGAAGAAACUGUUAAAAAGCAAGCCGAGACAAUAGAGCAACUCGAGAAAAAACUAAGUAAAGAUAAAAGUUUGGUAAGAUUUCACAAUCUAAUGCAAACAGGUCAAGAAUUUGUUAAUAACUUCAGAGAAAUGUACACCACUUCAGUAAUGAGACAGCUGGAAUUCAGAAUUCAAAGUCUGGAAAGCAAAAUCUCUGAAAUGAAGAUGGAAACUUAUAAUGAUGUGCUGGCGCUGGAAAACUGUAACGAACUUCAUCAGUCACAUAAACUGAGGGAGACUGAAGAUCAGCUGAAGGAGGUCACGACCCAGUUUCGCAUGGUGACUCAGCACAACAUGUCAUUACUAAACGUACUUGCCUCUGAGUGUCCCUGUGUGGCAAACUUUCACAAGUGUUUGGGAAACCUCUUUACCCAAGAGAAUAUGGUGACUCCCAAUAUGCUGACUCCCACUUCAAGGCCACAAUCUUCAAAACAGUACAGAACAGCCAACCUGGAUGUGUCUGCAGACAACAAUGAAGAUUUCAAUAAAGAACCCAUCAAGUUAGUUCUGUGUCCGAGGCCUGAGCUGGAUCACACAAAGAAGAAAAGCAUGGAAUCAGCUAAAGAGAAAACCCUAAGUAAAAAAUGUUUUAAAAGGACAAAAACAACUGAGUGUGAAAAUGGAAAGCAUAGUUUCUCUGAAGUUUCCAACACCAGACAAUUUGAAAUGGAGAGUCCAAUUGAUUUACCAAGACAUGAGAGAACAGCAGAAGAUGAAGAAACUGUUGAUAGCACACUAGAAAACCAUGAUGCCUCAUUCAUAAGUCUACAGGAAUCCAGAUUUACAAAUCUGCAAUCUGAACACUCAGAAAAAACAACUCAUCAAGGCUCAUACAAAGCUGAAUCAAAAAAGUGUAAGGAUCCCUAUCUAGAAAGGGUAAAAAUGACAAAACGAUCAUCUCGUAAACAACUAAGGUCCAAGGACAGGCAAGAGGAAGCCAUGAGGAAGAUCUUUAAGAAAAUGGAGCCUUAUAGUUCUGCACCAAACAUGAGCACAACCAGCCCUGCUCCAGGGUUUGCAGUUGAGCUUCUCAACAAUGGUUGGGAACACAGCAGUUUUGUGGGAAGAGAACCCUUGAUCCAAAGCUCAAGGCCACAGCCCUUUGCCGAGAGUUUGGCAAGCUUCCUAAACAGGGAAAGAGAAGAAAAUCAACAAACUUUUGAUGACAGAAGAGGAAACCAUAAAGCUUCAUACAUGAGGCCACAGGAACCCAAAAUUACAAACCUGAAGCCCAAACACCCAGAAGAAUUAGCUCAUCAAACCUCACAUAAAGCUGAACCAAAUCAAUAUGAGGAACUCUAUCUUGAAAUGAUAGAAAUGACAAAGUCAUUAUCUCAUGAACAGCUAAAGUCUAAGGACAGGCAAGACGAGGCCAUGAGGAAAAACUUUGAGAAAACAGAGCUUUAUCGUUCUGCACCAAACACAUACAUGACAAGCCCUGUUCAGGGGGUUGCUGCUGGCCAUCCCCACAGCAGUCAGGAACAUGGCGGAAACUUCAUUCAAGGAGAACCCUUCGUCACAGGCUCAAGUCCAUGGCACUUUGUGGAGAGUCUAGAUAACUACCUGUGCAGGGAAGAGAAACGAAGGGGUAAACAGUCCUGGAUUGCCCGGCCCCACCCCGCCCUAGAAUCCCUAGGAGAGCAUCCGCAAUCUUCGAAAUCUUCGCCCUUCACACUCCACUGUUCCUCCUUAUUUCUGGGCUCCUGGGCAGGUGAAGGAAUGCUAAGACUGCCCAUGGAGACCUUUGCAGACUCUAAAGUAAGAAGACUCACCUAUCAGUCAAAGUUUACUCUUGACUUUCCUCUAGCACUUUCAGAGUUUCAGGACUCCAUCUACGGUUCCUGGAUCAGCAGGGAUUUCCUGAGGCUAAUCAUUCACCAAGCUUUGUCCUGGGAGAGUGACCACCUUGUGGGAAACAGGCUGAUCCCCUACAGACAGUGA